UUUUAGGUGGAUUUCUUCAUUGGAUCUGAUGCACCCUUCUAAGACAAUCCAGAUCGAAAAUAGACAGUUCGAUAGUCAAUAUGUCCAUCGAAUCUUGACUACUUGUGUUGAUAUUCCAAAAGUAUUAAAGCAAUUACCCCCUGUCAAAAGACUCCAUCUUAACGCUGCCACCCGCCGCAGCCAUGUUUCCACAAAAGACUUUCACUGUUUGCCCGAUUCUUCUUCUCUCCUUACCGCUUUGGGAGAAUUGUAUUUACUGAGUAAAAAUGAAAAAUUUAGAAAUGUUAAUAAAGAUGUACUUCCACUUGAUUCUACUGCACCAUCAAUUGGUCACCUUGUUAGCUGGGACCAUUCUUUUGAAUGGCCAGUUCCAAGCUGGCCUCAGUUCUUGAUCCCUGAGAAAAGUUUCCUGAAUAAAACCCAUUACAUCACCGGAUACUUCAGCGAAUAUUACGAUGCCGUGUCGAUUUUAUUAUUUGAAACUAUUUCUCUGAUUACGGGAUUCAACUCUUCUAUUUUCAUGCAAGUCAAUAUGUCUUCCGAACUGCAUCGUGAUGACAUCGAAGAUGCUGAAAUUCAGGUGCUUUGGCAUAGUGGCAGGGUCUCUGUGACGAAGAAUGAUGAUAUAUUUUUGUUUGGAAGUUUCCAGACGAAUAAUCUUUUUGAAAAGUUUUUCCUCGAUAUCGAAGAAAUAUUUUUAGAUGAAAAUAUCGUGAAAUACGAAGUGUUGUGGCAAAAUGAUCUAUUGGAUUUCAUGAACACCAUCUUUGAGUAUGGCUACUCUCACUUCCGGACAUAUUUAACUGCUGUAAUAUUUAACCCAGCGCUGCACAACGAAGGACUGCACCGACAUACUUUCUUGUUAGCAGCAUUUGAGCUAGAGACCGGUAUUUGUCAGUCUGGAGGUCUGGUGUUACAAUUCAGUCCGCCCCCUGUUGUGCUUUAUCUGAAGGAUGUGGAAUCUCCCAAACAUGAAGACUUAUUUGUUCAGAAUAUGUUGGUCUAUGAUAUCUCCAAACAAACACACGCCACCGUAUUAAUAUAUUCUGGAUUCCAUUCUGUAACAGGGAAGGCCAACAUUGGUAUCUCACUGGUCUUAGAUGAACGUUUUUACACUCGAUUUAUUGAAGCCGAUCGACAAAUCGAACAAAGUGACUUGACGAAGGUCCUCCCGUACCUUAUUUCGUAUCAUCUGCUUCACAGAGUCCUUCAGUUGCAGCCAGGACAGACUCUGUUGAUUCAUCCACCUUUCAACGUGCUGUGUCUGUUUCUUAUUGAAAUGGCAUCCGCUUUCUGCAAACACAUUUACGUAUCGUCUUGGAGCCUGGAACACAGCAGUGAUUUGGAAGAGAUGUUCCCUGGUGUUUCAUCUGUCUGGGGCUUGUACUUGAAUAAUAAAAUAUUGUCUUUGACGAAAGGCUUGGGUUGCGAUGCUGCCAUUACAUCUGGAACUGAUAUCAAUAAUGCCUUCAUCACUCUCGCAGACAAUGGAAAACUUGUCCUCUUAGGAAUUCCAGAUCCAUCUGAAUAUAUUGGUAUGAGUGCGUUUCUAAGAAACCUCACCCUUCAUGUCACAGAACCUUUCGGUGCUGUCUUUGAGUUCUUGAAACAAAAUGAUUCCGCUUUACAUUCAGAAUUGGUAAACAGAAUUCUAAACGCCAAGUCUUUUCAGUUCUGUGAUGGCUAUUCACUGCAGCAGAGUCUUUUGUUCACUCAGUUGCAUACUGGUGAAUUUGAAACCCCCGUCAGACUGACUAAGAUACAAAACUUCUUUGAAUCUUUCGAAGACAAUUCAGAAUUUGUCAGUAAAUUUGCUGACAAGAGCUGGGAUUUUUUGGAAAAUAUAAAGCAAACACUGAGUUCGUAUCGGAAAAUUUUUCAAUCACCUGUCACCGUUUCUUGUAGUGACAAGACACGACUACAGCAGUCUCCUAUGACGCCAUCCAUAAUUGUCACUCUUCCUGAAAGUCCGUCAUUGCAUAAUGAAGAUCCUCCCUUUGAAAAUGUCUGUAGGAAUCUGUCUCAAUGGAGGAAAACCCCAAAACUCAAUAGAAAUGUACCAUCCCCUUUGAAGAUCACAUCUUUUGCCGAUGAGGAACUGUUGGUUAUGAGUCCACCAAAACCUGAUUUUUCACCUCGUAUUAAAGAAUUAAUGAAACAGGGACAAUAUAACGACACUUUGGUGCCAUUAAACUCCCUAGAAAAUGGUGAAAAACCACUUUUUAUUGUCCACCCAGUAACAGGUAAUGUUCAUGCAUUGAAAUCCUUGGGACAGAUGCUAACAAUGCCAUGUUUUGGAAUUAGAAUGACCAAUAAGACUCCAAGAAAUUCAGUGGAGGAUAUGGCAGAAUUUUAUAUUUGCAUUAUGGAGGCUGCUAACCCCUGUGGUCCCUACAGACUUGCUGGUUAUUCAUUCGGAGCCUGUGUAGCUUUCGAAAUGGCCCUACAGUUAGAAACCAGCAACAAACCAGUUGAGGUCCUGAUUCUGUUAGAUGGCUCUCCACAAUACUUCCACUCUCACUGUAAUUAUAUAACCAGAGAAUUGCCAAGGGAUUGCUCAACUAAAAUGUUCAAAGAGUUCCUGGAUAUUGGCUUCAUCCUGAGCUUCAUUAGUAAUUACAAGUCAAUUAGUCAGGACACUAAAUUACUGAUUCGCUCAUCUUUAUUGAAACUAAAAGACAUUGAGUCAAAACUUGAGUGGGCCGUUAAGUAUUUAUUUGGAAAACCCUUAAUGAGCCCUCCAUCAGGUAAGAAAAACUGGUUAAAGGUUUAUACGAAACUCCGAAUGAAACAACAACCAAUGUUCUCAACGACGACAGAAGUCUUACGAAUCUCUCGGGCACAGAAAUGUCGUGACUUUAUCCAGAACUGCCACUUGGGUUAUCAAUACGAUCCCAGGAAAAAAUACCAUGGUUGCAUCCAUUUAUUACGAAUCAAAACGGAACCAACGGAUUCUCUCGCUUUACCGUCUGAUUAUGGCCUCUCAAAAUUGUGUACCAACGUCUGCAUUAAUUACUACGAUGGUAACCACCAGACAUUCCUGAAUGGAAUUAGUUUGGCGAAUGACAUAGAAACUCUCUUGAAAGAGAGAGAUUAAUCAAAUUUAAACAUUGCUAUCUUUGUCAAUAUUAACAAUAAUUAACUAUUUUUCUAUUGCUCAACAAUUACGAAAAUGAACUUAUUUUGUGUUUUCGUUUAUAACACAUCUGUCUUUUGUGUUUGUGUGGUUCGUCACUUGUUCAUUUGUAUUCAAUAUACAGAAAUGUAUUCAAUUAAUUAUAACUUAAUAAAUUAGUUAGAAAUAUUUUAAUAUUUAUCCUGUUAAUUUGGUUCAAGCUUGUUCCUUGUUUUGGAUAUAACUGUUUCGUUAGUAAUAACUGUAGCUGCAUAUUUUAUGAAUAAAUAAAAAUAACUAUUGCUGUA